GUUGCGUCAUGUCGUCGUGGCCUGCCCGAACCUUGGAAGCUCCGUUGUACGCAGCGAAGCAGACUGUCCGCGAAACCCAGGCCAGACCAGAGCACAUCAGGCACAGUUGUACAGCAGAGGGAAUGUGGCAGUCAGUUCCCAUCCCACCAUCAGCCACGGUACAGCAAACAGUCUUCGUACGACAGCAAUACACGUGGUGUCGACUCGUCAGUGAAAAAAGCCUAGUCAGAGAGAGUCACGCGAAAGCUCGCUCGCCGUUAGUCCAGACCAGAAGCCCUCAGUUAUGUUGGGCGUUUUAGCUUCUCGCGAGACGACCCUCGCCUCUAGCGUCCAGGAUACCUAGAGUUAGGAUCACCCCAAGCGUCCACGGUCUUCUUCACAACGGUUCAGUCACAGCUAACCCUAAUUUCCCCUAGUCGUCUUCUCAGUUCUCGAGCAGACAAGAGGGCACAAGACCAGCACUGCUCUACGUGCAAGAUCUGCUACAUUGUAAUCAGCUGGCUGCCUUUCAGUACCAGAAUCAGAGGCGAUAGCAGCGAGACGACGCACGAUACGACAUACGAUACGAUACACGGUCUCGCCGCAACUCUUCCUGCUCCCGUCCCCUACCGGAGAGGACGAAUCUGUACUGUUCCAAGACGCUCCGUUAUUUAGUCCCCUCCUCUCACGCGCUUUCUAGCCAGCUCAGCCCUCCUCAGCCUUAGGUGGCCUUCGUCCUAGAAAAAAGGCUGGGAGCCUCGCGAGCCUUGUCGCCUGGGGAGUUGCAUCGUGUCGUCGGUUCGCGUCGUGUGUCGUCCCACCACUCGUCGUUUCGAUCGUCGGUAGUUCGGUCGGGCGUUCGCCCAGCGGCCAUCCCCUUGCGCCUUUCGAGAAACGGCCACGGCUGCUCGAUCACACCCGACUUCCGCCAUGGCGGGGCGAAUCCUCAAUCACAUCCGGCGCUCCCGGGACCAACCCCCCUCCCCCAAGACCGACGAGCCGUCCCCCUCUUCCGCGCUCGACCUUGCGCGCUGCAACAGCACCGGCAGCGCCGCCUCUGCCUCCCGCCCCAACACCCCCACCUCCUGCCGCUCCCCCAGCUUCACCUCCUCGCGGGGGGGCUCCGCGGGCGGGGCUGCGCUCCCCCCCGUGCCGUCGCGCGACCAGGCGGAAGCCGCGCGGCUGCUGCGCGAGCUGGCGCUACGGUCGGAGGAGGCGGAGCGCGCGGCGGCGGCGUGGCGGCAGCAGGCGGACGAGAUGCACCGGCUGCGUGCGGAGCGGGACGAGCUGCGGCGGCAGAAAGCGGAGCUGACGACGCGCGCGGGGCAGCUGGAGGCGGAGCUGUUCAUGACGAAAAUGGGGAAGGGGCCCCAAACCACUGGCAACACCCCUAAGAGCACAGCAGUAGCAGCAGCAUCAGGAGCAGCAGACCCCUUCGCCCUGCAGCAGCAGCGGCUAGAGUCCCUUUCAAAGGAAAACGCACAACUAAGAGACCAACUAACAGAGGCACAGCGGACAGCAGAGGAGUGGGAAUUCGCCAAGGCGAGGGUGGAGGACGAGUGGGAGGACCGGCUCAACCAGGCGCAAGCAGCCACCGGCCGGGCGCUAGGGGAGCGAGAGCAGCUGUUUGCCGAGCUGGAACAAGCCAAAGAGAAGAUCGCAUCGGAGAGCUCAGCGAAAAAGAAGCUGGAGGAGAGUCGGGCGCUGUUUGAAAGCGAGCUUCGGCAGGAGAUCCGGUCAAAAGUGACGCUUCUGGAAGCAGAGGUGUCGCGGUUGAGUGUGGAGGUGAGAGCGGCGAUCACCCGUGCGGAAAUGUCGGAGAAGAGUUUAGUGGAGGCGCAGGUUCGGGUGGCGGACAUGGAGGCUCGGGAGCGGGAGCACGCCGAGGCUUCAGCUGCGGUAGCGGAGCAGCAUGCGUCGUUGUUGUUUAACAUGGAGACGGAAAUAGAAGGUGCGGAGCAGAGGGAGUUCGAGGCGAGGGCGGAUGCGGAGCGGCUUUCAGCGGAGGUGAGUAAACUCAAGGGCGAGAUGGAGGAGAUGUUUCGGGAGAAGACUGAUGCGGUUUCGGAGUUGAUGCUGAUCAAAGGGGAUGUGGAGAGGCUGGAGAAGAGCAAGCAGGUGGCGGAGGGGAUUGCGCUGGAAGCGCGGACGAAGCUGGUAGCUGCUAACAAGCUGGAGCAGAAGUUCAAGAGACGACUGGAUGUGGCGAAAUUAGAGCUGGAAAGAUUAGGAGGGGACUGGAGGGUGGUUUACCCGUUGGAGGAGGAGCAGGAAGAGCUUGCAGCCGCAGCAGCAGAAGCGGCUGAAGCUGCGGCUGCAGCUGCGGAGAAGGCUAGUAAGAUGAGACCAAAGAGCAGCGGUGCUGCUGGUGGUGGGGGUGGUGGUGGUGCUUCUACAUCGUUAUUUGGUUGGAUGAGUUCGAAACAAGGGAGGAGUUAGCUUAACCUGGGACUUCAGGAAGAGAGCAAAGAUGGGUGAGUGUUUGCAGCAAUUGCAAACUAUACGGAGUUGUCACUGAUGUUGUAUUUGUGGUUAUACACGAUGGAAAUAGCAGGCGAUCUGUCGACGAGCAGUCUCUCAGUACAUAUUUGACACUGCCAUAGAUCAGGCUCUUCUCCAUCUUGUCUUCAGCGCUGGCGAGUUUUCUUGUGUGC